ACGCUGUUUUGUUUGAAAGCUUGCCGAAGGCCAGAAUCAGCAGCGUUGAAACAACAGCGUAGAAACAAUUCGUCUGAGUCCCUCAUCCUGGCUCCUAUCUGUCCAUUCGCCGACCCUUGGAAUACCCCACUUUGGGAUGGACGAAACGAGCCCCCUCGUUUCCCCUCUCCAGGACUCAAUAGAUUACAACUACUGCCAGAGCGAUGCCACCAGUCCGAGAACGCCGGGUUCUGUUGUGCGAGUGUCGGCUGGGAGCCCCGGACGCAGCCGGGAGAGACAGCCGCUUUUGGACCGGGACAGAGGGAACUCUCCGCGGGAUCCACACAGGAAUGAGUUUCCGGACGACCCAGAAUUUAGGGAGAUCGUGAGGAAAGCAGAACAAGCCAUUGAAGAAGAGAUCUUUCCAGAGAGGAUCUGCCAAGGAUCCAGUGGUAGCUACUUCGUCAAAGACUCUCAAGGGAAGGUCAUCGGUGUGUUCAAGCCUAAGACCGAGGAGCCGUACGGUCAGCUGAACCCAAAGUGGACCAAGUGGCUCCAGAAGCUGUGUUGUCCCUGUUGCUUCGGACGGGACUGUCUGGUCCUGAACCAGGGCUAUCUGUCUGAGGCCGGGGCCAGUCUGGUCGACCAAAAACUAGAGCUCAAUAUUGUGCCGCGGACCAAGGUGGUGUACCUGGCCAGUGAUACAUUUAACUACAAUGCUAUAGACAGAGUCAAGUCUCGGGGAAAGAGGCUAGCUCUGGAGAAAGUUCCCAAAGUGGGACAGCGCUUCCACAGAAUAGGCCUCCCUCCUAAGGUGGGAUCCUUCCAGUUGUUUGUGGAGGGCUACAAAGACGCGGACUAUUGGCUGAGACGGUUUGAGGCGGAGCCUCUUCAAGAGAACACCAAUCGGCAGCUGCAGCUUCAGUUCGAGAGACUGGUGGUCCUCGAUUACAUAAUCAGGAACACAGAUCGGGGGAACGACAACUGGCUGUUAAAAUAUGACUGUCCAAUGGACAUGGAAGGGAAACGGGACACCGACUGGGUGGUGGUAAAGGAGCCUAUCAUCAGACUGGCAGCCAUAGACAACGGCCUGGCCUUCCCAAUCAAACACCCCGACUCAUGGAGAGCCUAUCCAUUCUACUGGGUGUGGCUGUCCCAGGCUAAGGUUCCUUUCUCUCAGGAGAUUAGGGACCUGGUUCUGCCCAAACUGGCCGACCCCAACUUCAUCAAAGACCUGGAGGAAGACCUCUACGAACUCUUUAAGAAGGAUCCAGGUUUUGAUAGAGGGCAGUUCCACAAACAGAUAGCUGUGAUGAGAGGACAGAUCCUGAACCUGAGCCAGGCCCUGAAGGAGAGUAAGACUCCGCUACACCUGGUUCAGAUGCCCCCAGUCAUAGUGGAGACAGCCAGAGCACCACAGAGAGCCAACAGUGAGUCCUACACACAGAGCUUCCAGAGCAGGAAACCCUUCUUUACCUGGUGGUAGAGGAGGAGGAGGACAAGUAGAAGAGGAUGCAAGAGGGGGAAUGAAGGAGAUUCAGGAGGGAGGAAGAAUGGAUAGGGUAGGAGGAGAAGAGAGGAAGAGGAGAAAGGAAGAAUUGAUAGGAGGAACGAACCAGAUUGAGAGACUGAAGAGUGGAGAGACAAAGGCCAAGUAGAGGAGUAUAAGAGAGAAAGAGGAGGAGAAGAGCAUCGUCCAAAAACCUCUGCCUUACUCCGGUUUCAUCAGCCAGUAAAGCUCUUCCCCUCUCCAUAGCCAAUAAGAAGCCAGGUAGGUUUAUACUUUCCCUGGAACCCAUCACAGACACAGUUCUGCUUUAACUACAGACAUUCACCAGAAAGAUAGGAAGGAGGUAGAGAGAGGUGGCGGUAAAGAGAGUGGUGUAGAGGAAGUAAGGAGAUAUAGAGAAAGGGAGGAGUUACAUUGAGUAGAGAGAGAAUGAGUUUGUCUAGUGUCAAUUUUCAGAAAGAAUGAAAUGUAUGUUAUGUUAAGACAGUUGGGUAGCCCUACACUGGUAGCUGGCUGAAAGAUGAUUAUAAAGACCAAAAACUGUGAAAGGCUCCAACUAUAGCAGAGGUUCCCAAUUGCCAAUUGAUGGUUCCAUUGUAGCAUUCUCUUUCAGUGACUGAAUGUACAAAAUGUCAAAAUAUGGUAGUCCAAUCCAACCCAUCCAAGUGCACAGAAAAAGUUUUUACCUAAGGCUAAACAUUUCAGCCCCAACUCUUCACUUUCCUUACGAAGUUACAGCCUUAGUAGCAUCUCUAUUGGAAGCACGGCAUUACCAUGAAAUGUAUGGCUGUAGCUAGCAAGCAGAUAAGAAGCCAAGUGUCCUGACAUUUGCAGUUAUUUUUUUAUGGUCUAUUAGGUUUGCAAAAUUCUGGUAACUAUCCCCAAAUUCCUAGGUUUUCCAGAAAUCCUGGUUGGAAAAUUACGGAAUCCCUGCUUAUGCCCUUCUGAUUCCGGCAGUCCUUCAACCAGAAAAACCUAAAGUUACUGUAAUUUUGCAACCCUAUGGUGUAUGAAUGCUGUGGUCAGACAUUCAGCGUUUGGGGCCUUAUUUGAAUGAGUCUCUUUCUUUGAUCCAGAAGAACCUGACUGUAGUAGCCUGGUUGAACCAGACUGAACACUGCACUCACCAUUGUCAACACUUCAGUGUUAAGUCUGGGUUAACCAGGCUGACUUUAGGGCCAGGUUAUAGGUGGUAUUCACUACUCACAUUGUAGUCGACUAGGUUUGAACUGCAGAUUGAACUGGGCCAUGUUCAUUAGGGCACACUGUAGCAGGAUGUUUUGCAACAGAAAAAAUGCAAAUAAGCCAGAUAGAACCUUCCCAUUUCACUCCUUUUCUGGGACUUUUAUUCCAUUUCGUGCCUACUGAACAUAACCCAGGCAACAGUACCUGUUGUUAUGGGCAUGUGAUGGCAGCCCUGUGGCACCACCUAGAGGAGGACUGCAAUGUAGUUGGUUUCAAACACGCACAUUGCCUGUCAUGCCUGUUAUCCCACAUCUCAUUAUAUGUCUUUGUUACGUUGAUGUUUUUGUUUAUGUGUUCGUUUUUUAAAUUGAUAUUUCAUGCUGUAGCAACCAAACUGUUCUACUAAUGUAUUGCAUUGACAAUGCACUGUACAAAUUGUAUGUAAUGUAUUACAGAAUGAAAUGCAUAAAGAAUUGUACUAUUCCAUUA